CGAGCUCAAGUUCUUCCUCAGCAACGCUAGGCGACGAACCACUGGCGGGUGAUGAGCGUCCUGUUCACUUCCGGUCGGCCUCCCUCGCUCUCGGCGCCGCAGCAGCGAGCCUCAACCAGUACAAGAAAAGGCGGAAGGAUGGAAAGGAUAAGGAUUCCGUGCUCAAGAUCGACACAGAGAUGGGGUACAUCGGCACCAUGAUGUCGCCCCUCACCGCUGCGGUCGGCUCCGGAACGAUGAGCUUCCUGCAGAGCGGCACAAAUACCAUCGUUGAUGGCCUGCCCGAGCUGUUGAAGGUUUUACAGGACGUAGCGGCUGUCCAUCCGUUCAUAGCACUGGCUGUGGGCGCGUUCAAGGUUGCGAUCGAACUCGACCUCAAACGACGAGAAAAUGACAGGAAGAUUGUCCUUCUGUUUCUGGAAAUGAGAGAUAUGAUGUAUGCCCUCGCGGAGCUUCAAAACGUACAGGAUGGACCUUCUCACCUUGGGAAGGAUGGAAAAACUAUCCAGGAGCGGUUACAAGGCCAUGUCAACUUAAUGCAACAGGACAUCAAGGAGUGUGCAAACGCUUGCGACGCGUACGCCAAGAAGAAACUCCUCCACAAGGUGCUCCGGGCACUCCGAUGGGACGACGUACUUCAGAUCUUCAUUCGACGGUUCAGCAAGCGUCGUGCAGAUAUUGAGUUCGCUCUGGCUGUCCACCUCGGAGUCAACAUUGACAUCGCGCAGCGCAAACUAGACACUUUGGAUGCCAAAAUGGACGUGAUUAUCGACUACUUCCGCGACACCGUAUCGCCUGAACAACGGGACCUCGCAGCGUUCGUGCACAAGCGCGGUGGAGAGGAGGCGGUCUUGGAAGACGGAUUGCUUCUCAGGAGUCUCUGCAAGGAGAGAUCGGCGACAAUGUCGAGUUCUGCCUCUGGCUCUGGUUCCCGCAGUCGGACGAAGACCCUGCGACGAGAGAGUACCAUGGAUUUCCAAGCGGCCCGUGCCGAUUUGCUCGACGAUCCAGAGAUCGCCAUUGCCAACAACUACGAGACUUUUGAGCGCAAAUUUAGGAUGCAGCAGAGCCAGCUCGCGGAUGAGAUGAGGAGGAUUAUUCACCACCAAGGUGAUCGUGUCAUUAGUGCCGUCACCGCAGGCCCUCAUGAUAGGAUCAUCGACCCGGAUCUGAGCAAUAUCUGGAAGGAGAUGCGCUGGCGAGGCAACGUUAAAGCGCGGCACUUUGUCCUCGCGCUUCGUGACUACUGCUUGGAAAAGCUCGACAAGCUCCGGAAGAACGAGCAAACAUUCACCGACUGCGACUACCCUACGCUUAUCACCGAGCAGGACGAAUGGACGCUGGAGUACAUCAACGUGACUCGGCUGCAAGCCAUCAUAGAAGCAUUCGACGACGAUGCAUCUGGCUUCAUCACGGUGGGCGAGGCUAAUGCCUUCACCACUGCUCGGCCCGCAGAUUGGAGUUUGCUUCACUGGAUGGCAUACUGGGCUGUUGGCUGGCAGAUGGCGAUGACUCAUUACGUUGUUCAGAUCGACCACCUCCUUGACAAGAUGUUUGCCGUCAAGUCGCACGUUCUCCCCGCCAACCGACGAUUCGUCGAACGCUAUCUCGACUCGGUCUGGUCCCUCAUUACCGAACUCACCACGGGGUUCCGUCGAGCCGAGUGGAACGAUGCAAUGCGAGAGAACUUUCAGAGCUACGUGGUUGAUGAAGAGAAUCGGAUGCGAGAGAGACUAGAGACCAUUAGGUAUGACAUCGAUGCCGCGGACACGCUGAUACUCGUCACCGGACCCGGAAGAAUAGAGAAGAACGUCUUUGUCCUGCUCUAUCUCCUACUCCAACGCGAUCUCGAGAUCAUGCGCCUUGCGCGGACGACCGUUCUCCACAAGGACGAGUUGUGGGACUCUGCGAAUACGCUUGAGUGGGUUUUCCAAGCGAUCAACGAUCGCUACCACAAUCUGGAGAAUUUGUUCAAACAACAAAACCACGAGCCGACUCAGCAGUUCAAGGUCUUCGCGUUUGAGAUGUUCAACUACUGGCACGACCCUUCCUCAUUGUGGUCCUUCGACCGGCUUCGAGAGGUCCGCUACGGUGAUCCAGUAUUUACCGACGCUGACGAGCCGUCGAGACACCCCCCUCAUGUCAUUCUCAAUCACCCGGUGGAAAACAUGGACGAUCCUCUCGUCAGCCCAGAAUUCGUCCCAUCAGCAGAAGAUCUGAACGCAGAAGGACCAUUGCAAACAAUACUUGGACACUGGUGUGGAUACGUAGGGAAGGAGGAUGUGUAUCCUUCUGAGCCAAUGAUCUCACUCGAACUCCAUGUCUCAACGUCUAAAGCUCAUCAAUUCGUUGCUUCUGGCGUUGAUCCGACCGGUACACGCUGGAGACUCUUAGGGACCGCUGAGCAAGAUCUAGACGGAGACACGACUUACAUCUUCACCAUCACCUAUGCUGCUCGUUUCUGGCCUAGACGCUUCCGGGGCACCCUAAGCAGAGAUGGGCGCGUCUUCUCCGGAACCUGGUCCUGCGCCUCCCGCAACGAGGACGGCACCUUCUAUCUCAAGAAGCUCUCUUGCGAUGUCAUGCGGUUCUGGCCUUCUCUCGACGUCUUGGAUAUGAACAAGCCCAAGGCCCUCUGGCGAUUUGCUAUUCAUGCUAUACACGACGAGGUCAGACGGCGGCUGUUCUCUCGGUCUCGAUUGAGAGAACGCGAGGCAACGCGUCUACGCUAUAUUCAGCUCAUACGCGCAGACAUGGAGGGGACUAGUCUUCCGGAGACUGAGGCCGAGCUUCAGGCGAUGAAGAGGUGCUUCCUUAGCAUGACGCCGGCGGAAGCGCGGUACUACCGUAUGGUCUACGAGUAUCGACACAGGCUUGCACCAAAACACUACGGCGUCACCUGUGCUCACUGCCGAAAUGGUGUCAUUGGGGCUCGUAUAAUCUGCCUGGAUUGUCAUACCGCUCGGGGCACGCUAGACUUCUGUGACAGAUCGGAAUGUCUGGCUGUAGUAAUUGGCCCGGACCGAAGGGUCGAUCUACCCUCCCCGCAUCUGCCGUCUCAUCGUUUGCUCAAGGUUCGCAAAGUCGUCCACAGGCACAGGGAGCUCGGUGGUACAUACCGCGCUGCGCAUGACGCGCUCCUUCGGGCGGAAGAAGCUCUCUUGGACGCGAACGCGCUCGGAUUUUCACAGGCUGGAGAUCCUCUUGAGGAAGCACGCGACGCAGAAGUACUAGCACAGCGCAUCGUCAGUCGUGAAGUAUCUUGCAUAAGGUGCCUUAGUCGAGUCACUCGCCCCUGUUGGUAUUGUAUUGAGUGUGAAGACGACGCCUUCCUAUGUACUACUUGCGAGGCGAGCAACCCCGGGAUAAAGGGGAAGCACAAGCCGAUGCACAGUCUCGUGCUAUGUCAGCUUCCGCCCGGCGAGAGCAAGGCUGAAGGCAACCAUUCCGUGUGGCUUGGUGCGCUGGAGGACAGGUUUAACAAAAUGCAACGCUUUUCGACGCUGCGCCUUGAUGCGUUGGAAAGGAAGAUUGAUACCUUGGCAAAUCACACUUCUACCUCUCACCCAAGCUCGUCCGAUGAGAAACGCCUGGAACAACGCCUGGACACGCUGGAUGGCAGGAUGCAGAAAAUUGAAGAUAUGUUGUCUAUGCUUCUCACGAAGCUGAGCUAGGGGAUCUUUUACGAAGGCUUAUCUGUAAUCGCGUGCUUCGAGUUCUGUGCAUCCAAGUCUGUAUUACUAGCAUCCUGGCACUUCCUUCAUUCUGUCAAUUGAGAACGCUGAUCAGC